AUGGCUCGAGAUCUGGAGGAAACUGGCUCAUCCUCAGAGGUGGAGGAGGAGGAAGAUGUUAUAGAUGGGCUGGAGGAUCAUCCAUGUAUCAAGUGGACUGGUGGUGGCUGCAGGCGGAUCCCCAUCUUGGUGUUUCAUGCUGAAGCCAUUCUGACCAACGACAGCUACCUCCGGCUAAUUGGAGAGCGCUACCACUUGUCCUAUAAGAUUGUGCGAACAGACAGCCGUCUCGUUCGAAGCAUUCUGACUGCCCAUGGAUUCCACGAGGUGCACCCUAAUAGCAGUGAUUAUAAUCUCAUGUGGACAGGAUCACACUUGAAGCCCUACUUGCUGCGUUCUCUUACUGAUAUUCAGAAAGUCAAUCAUUUCCCUAGGUCAUAUGAACUGACACGAAAGGACAGACUAUACAAGAACGUCAGUCGUAUGCAGCUGGCCCAUGGAUUCAAGACAUUCCAUAUCUUACCUCAGACCUUUAUCCUCCCGACAGAGUACCAGGACUUCUGCAAUACCUAUUCUAAGGACAGAGGCCCAUGGAUAGUGAAGCCUGUGGCCUCUUCCAGGGGUCGAGGUGUCUACCUGAUAAACAAUCCAAACCAGAUUGUCCUGGAAGACAACAUCCUGGUUUCUCGUUACAUCAGCAACCCCCUGCUCAUAGAUGAUUUCAAAUUCGAUGUGCGCCUCUAUGUUCUGGUUACGUCCUAUGAUCCGCUUGUCAUCUAUCUCUACGAGGAAGGAUUGGCCAG